CUCCGGGCUGCCGCGGCACCUACCCAGCGGCGGGAGCCAGCGCUCAGGCUCCCGGCCAUGAGACGGCGGUCCCUGGCGCUGCGGCUGCUGCUGGCGCUGCUGCUAUUGCCACCGCCACUGCCGCAGACGCUGCUCGGGGCGCCCUGCCCGGAGCCCUGCAGCUGCCGGCCCGACGGCGCCCUGCGCUGCCCCGGCCCGCGGGCCGGCCUCAGCCGACUAUCACUCACCUAUCUCCCUAUCAAAGUAAUCCCAUCUCAAGCUUUCAGAGGACUUAAUGAGGUCGUAAAAAUUGAAAUCUCUCAGAGUGAUUCCCUGGAAAAGAUAGAAGCUAAUGCCUUUGACAACCUCCUCAAUUUGUCUGAAAUACUGAUCCAGAACACCAAAAACCUGGUGUAUAUUGAGCCUGGAGCAUUUACAAAUCUACCUCGGUUAAAAUACCUGAGCAUCUGUAAUACAGGCAUCCGAAAGCUUCCAGAUGUUACGAAGAUCUUCUCCUCUGAAUUUAAUUUCAUUCUCAAACUAUAUGGAAAUGGAUUUGAAGAAAUACAAAGUCAUGCCUUCAAUGGGACAACGCUGAUUUCCCUGGAGCUGAAGGAGAAUGCACACCUGAAGAAGAUGCACAAUGACGCCUUCCGAGGGGCCAGAGGGCCCAGCAUCUUGGAUAUUUCUUCCACUAAACUACAGGCCCUGCCUAGUUAUGGGCUGGAGUCCAUUCAGACGCUAAUUGCCACAUCAUCCUAUUCUCUGAAAAAACUGCCAUCAAGAGAAAAAUUUACCAAUCUCCUAGAUGCCACAUUGACUUACCCCAGCCACUGCUGUGCUUUUAGAAACCUGCCAACAAAAGAGCAGAAUUUUUCAUUUUCCAUUUUUAAAAACUUUUCUAAACAAUGUGAAAGCACAGCAAGGAGACCAAAUAAUGAAACACUUUAUUCUGCCAUCUUUGCUGAGAGUGAACUGAGUGACUGGGAUUAUGACUAUGGUUUCUGCUCACCCAAGACACUCCAAUGUGCUCCCGAACCAGAUGCUUUUAACCCCUGUGAAGAUAUUAUGGGCUAUGACUUCCUUAGAGUUCUGAUUUGGCUGAUUAAUAUUCUAGCCAUUAUGGGAAACGUGACUGUCCUCUUUGUUCUCCUGACCAGUCAUUAUAAACUGACAGUGCCUCGUUUCCUCAUGUGCAAUCUCUCCUUUGCAGACUUCUGCAUGGGGCUCUACCUGCUACUCAUUGCCUCAGUUGAUGCCCAAACCAAAGGCCAGUAUUAUAACCACGCCAUAGACUGGCAGACAGGGAAUGGGUGUAGUGUUGCUGGCUUUUUCACUGUAUUUGCAAGUGAACUUUCUGUCUACACCCUCACAGUCAUCACACUAGAAAGAUGGCAUACCAUCACCUAUGCUAUUCAGCUGGACCAAAAGCUACGCUUAAGACAUGCCAUUCCAAUUAUGCUUGGAGGGUGGCUCUUUUCUACACUAAUUGCCAUGUUGCCUCUUGUGGGUGUCAGCAGUUACAUGAAGGUCAGCAUUUGCCUCCCCAUGGAUGUGGAAACCACUCUCUCACAGGUCUACAUAUUAACCAUCCUGAUCCUCAAUGUGGUGGCCUUCAUCAUCAUUUGUGCUUGCUACAUUAAAAUUUAUUUUGCAGUUCAAAAUCCAGAGCUGAUGGCUACCAACAAAGACACAAAGAUUGCUAAGAAAAUGGCAGUCCUCAUCUUCACUGAUUUCACCUGCAUGGCACCGAUCUCUUUCUUUGCCAUCUCAGCUGCCUUAAAAGUGCCCCUUAUUACAGUAACGAACUCUAAGGUAUUACUGGUUCUUUUUUAUCCUGUCAAUUCUUGUGCCAAUCCGUUUCUAUACGCAAUUUUCACAAAGGCAUUCCGAAGGGAUUUCUUUCUGUUGCUGAGCAAAUCUGGCUGCUGUAAACAUCAAGCCGAACUUUAUAGACGGAAGGACUUUUCAGCUUACUGCAAAAAUGGCUUCACUGGAUCAAAUAAGCCUUCCCGGUCCACAUUGAAGUUGACCACAUUACAAUGUCAGUAUUCCACUGUCAUGGACAAGACUUGCUAUAAAGACUGUUAACUGUUGUAUGAGUAACCACAUAAUUUAAUUGUAUUUAAAUUGUGUAAGAAAAAAAAAAACUUGUUUUUAUCAAAAAUUUUAACAAAGGAUUGAUUUCAGGAAAUUAUGCACACUGGCCAAAGAGAAACGUCUACCUAGCCCAAAGUGUGGUCCAUGACCAAUGCCAGUCCAAAAACAGUCUGUCACUGACGCUUAACAAUACAGAAGUUGAGAGUGUUUAGAAACGUUUAUAGCAAUUUUGACAGUAAUUUGAUAUGUGUUGAAUCUAAUAUUUAAAAAAUGAAGUGGUAUUUUCCAUGUUUGAUUUUUUUCUCAUUUCAUCCUUACUGUAAUUUUUAUUACAUUUUACAAGAAGAUUAGUCCUAACAGAUUUGAAAUUUAAAGUAACUGGUCCUUUUCCUCAGAGAGUUUGAGAAAUACAUUCUAGAGAUGCACUGUCCAAUCUGGUACCCACUAGCCAUAUGUAGCUAAAUUUAAAUUAUGCUAAAUUAAAAAUGUAGUUUCUCAGUUGCACUAACUACAUUUUAAACAUUCAACAGCCACACAUGACCACUGUCUGCCAUAUUGGACAGCAUAUAUACAGAACAUUUUCAUCAUCUAGAAAGUUCUACCAAAUAGUGCUGCCCUAAAGACUUUUAUCUAUCCCUUGUCUAGGUUCUACUAUUUAAAAUUAAAUAUAAAGCAAGCAUCUAAAGGCACAUUUCAGCCUACUGAUUUGGUGUUUAGUCUCUAAAAAGCAAUGAAGUCCCCUAAAUAGUAGGCUGUAAACUCCUUGUAGGUAGGAACCCUGGCUUGAUUUUGUUUCCCUGUCUCCUAGCUCAGGAUCUUGGCAAUAGUAUGUAACAAAUGUACUGAAUUACACUGAAGUUAGGACAUCUACUAGGAAGAAAGUGGGGUCUUUUCCUUUCUAGGGCUCCAUCUUUUAUGUGAGUAAAAUAAAAUACUUAAAUAUUUUAAAAUAGCCAUCAUUUGAGGAUAUAGAAAAAUAUAUCUAAUAUUUGCUAUAAGUAUUUUUAUUUAUCAGAAUUUAUGCUUAUAGGACAAUGAAGUUAUGGUUUUAACUGCAGUAUUUUUUGAAAGUUCCUUUGACUUUUUAAAAAUAACUUAAAAAAACUUAAUUAUGUGCCAAACAUCUUGAUAAGUAUUUUAUAUAAUUUAACCCAUUUAAUCCUCAUAAACUCUAUGAUGAAGAUAUUAUUCACAUAGUGUAAUAGAGGAAAACCUAUUACAAUUUGCCCAAGUUCUCAAAACUAAGAUUCAAUUAAUAGAAUUCAAACUUGGAGUUCCUGUUGUGAUUCAGCAGUUAAGAAACCUGACUAAUAUCCAUAAGGAUGCGGGUUCGAUUUCUGGCCCCACUCAGUGGGUUAAGGAUCUGGCGUUGCCCUGAUCUGUGGUGUAGGUCACAGACAGGGCUUGGAUCUGGUAUUGCUGUGGCUAUGGUGUAGGCUGGCAGCUGUGGCUCUGAUUGGACCCCUAGCCUGGGAAAUUCCAUAUGCCGUGGGUGCAGCCCUAAAAUAGUGGGGGAAAAAAAAAUUCAAAGUUCUGAUUCAGUACCCCAGCCUCCUAACCACUGUAUUUUUACUGCCUUCCCAUGGUAAAUCAGAGUCAUCCAAAGGUUUUCUAUGUGUUCAGAGUUCUUUCAAUUUCCCCCAACCUUUGAUUGUGAACAUUUUCAAACAUAUGAAAAGCUGAAAUAAUUACAUAGUGCAAACCCAUAUACUUAGAUUCAAGAAUUUACCAAAUUGCUUUCACAACAUAUCUAUAUAAUUAUCCAGUAUUUAUACAUGCAUCAUUCCUGAUCAUUUUAAUAUAAGUUGCAGAUAUAAAUACUUGUUAGCCCUAAACUUUUCAGCAUGCUUAAAAGUUUAACAUUUGUUUAACACAACAUUUGUUUACAUAUUUUAAGGUAAAUUUUAUAUAUAGUGAAAUGGACAAAUUCUAAGCAUAUCAUUUAAUGCAUUUUGAGAAAUGUACACACUCAUGUAACCCAAAACCUCCAUGAAGCUAUAGAAUACUCAUCCUCAUAAAGUUUCCUCAGGCCCCUUCCUAAUUAAUCCCUCACUCCCACCCCAGAGAGGUUCCCCCUGCUGCCCAUGGAUUAGUUUUGUCUGUUCUAGAACUUCACAUACAUGGAAUUAUACCAUUUAUACUGUUUGUGUAAGGCGUGUUUGAGUCAGCACAAUCUCUCUACUAUUCAUUCAUGCUGUUGCUGAAUCAGCAGUUCAUUCCUUUUCAUUGCUGAGUAGUUUUCCAUUGUAUGAAGAUAACACUGUUUUCUAUUUUCUUAUCAAUGAAUAUCUGGGCCAUUUCCAGUUUUUAGUUCUCCUUUGGCAUUUUUAAAAUGAAUGUAUAGUCACGACUAGACUCUCUACACAUUUAGUCUGCUUUAAAUCUUUGUGACAUUUUACAAAUUCAAAACAGAUAAUAAAAAAGUAUGAACUUUAUAAAAUA